AUGAUCUCCAUGACGUCCCCAUUCCGAUCCUCUUCUGCGCCUGCAAAAAGGGGUUGUUUUGGAGCCUCUUUUCCGGUACCAGAUCCUACUGAGCGUCUACGAGCAAUAACUGCUGAUGAAGCCAUUCCUAGCUAUCUGAAACUGAUGGUCGACAUAUUGUUGGAAACAAAGCGAGAGAUCGCUGAUUUCAAUCAGAAAAUGAGCGCAAUCAUCAAGGAAAAUGUGGAACUCAAAGAAGAGAACCGUAAGAUGAAAAUGGAAUCUUCAUCUUCUUAA